AAUUGACAUUGACAGACUUUCAAACCUUUCAAAUAAAUGUCAACGGAAAAUAGUUAAUUACAGCGGUAAAAUUGUUUUUAACGCCACACAAAUUUAAAUGUUACUUACCUUAUUGUGUAAUAUUUAGAGAAGAAAUUAACUAUACUGUAUUGACAUUUUGAGUGGAGUCUUUUUACCGGCUUUGGAGAAAAACGGGUCAAAAUGAACUAUAACCUAACAGUGCCCGGGAGUUUUACUUAUAAAGACUUGCUUCUGCGAAAGUUGUCCUAUGCAGUUAUUUCCAGUGUGUUAACUCAAUUAUUUAUUUUAUUUAUAUAUGUAUUUCUUAGCAAUAUCGACUUACUUCAUCCAAUACAAUGGGGUUUUUCAACGCUUCGUAUACUCACAUCUUUCAGCACAUGGAUUUUUAUGUUACCAUUUUUAACGAUCAUUUUUGCACAGAGUCUAAUUUGUGCGAAGGACUAUGUUAUCAAGACGUCAUACUGUUCAACAAGAUUUCAAAAAUUCCUUUCCACCUUCUCAGUGCAUAAUCUAAUAUUAUGUUUGCUUCAUGUUAUUGCUGGUGCUGUGCUCAUAUGGUUGUUUUUAUCUAUAUCUGGAGGCAAAUAUAACAAUCUGACCGAGAAUUGUAAGGGUUUGGUAUAUUGUUUAAAUGAAGGAGCCUUUUUUCUGGUUUUAAGUGGAUUUUGGACUGGUUUUUAUUUUUUCAUGAAGGUAUACAUAGCAGAAAAAAAUUUGACAUUCCCAGUAAUACAUCAGCGCAAAUUUUUACAGUUUAAAUCUCAGUUAGGAUCUAUCGUACAAGAUUCAAUAACUCAUUCUUUUUGGCCGUCUAUAUAUUUUGCAUUCUUAUAUUACCUUCAAGGAGACUCCUGGGUAGAAGGCUUUAAGAGUAUUUUUGGCUUAUUGGAAUAUGAAGUAAAGCCAAAUGUAUGGAUAUACUUUUACUUAUGGUUCUUUAAUGCUCUGUACUAUUUCAAUAUGAACUUAAUGAGGUUCUAUUUCAACUUAUUCUUAACAGAACCAGUACAGUUUCCUUUAGUGAAAGAUCAUUCUGAUAGUUUAACAUUGCAAGAAAGUAUCAUAAACUAUGAGUGGCCUAUAGUUCAGAAUUUAGCAUGUUUAGAUCUCCAUUUACUUGCACAAUGGUCAGCAAUCAGAAGACAAGUGUUUUUUACACUUUCCAAUCCGGGAGGCCAUCCACACAAUUGGAAUUUCUUAGUGGAAAACGUUAUGAAACUUGUAAAGGAAUACACCAACUUACUGAACAAAACUAUAGAUGUACCCGAACAAAAUACAAAACCUUCAAUAAUCCAAGCACCUAUAAUACAGAGUCCUGAUAGAUUUAGAAACUUAAGAAAUAUGGCUCUUUAUGACCAAGACGAUUUUAAUAUAAUAGAAGUUUCACAAGUCCCAGCAGUUAAGUUUUCUAUCUCAGACAAUCUUAUUUCCAAGUUAUCUGCCAGGCUAUCAAGCACUAUUGAAUUUGUUAAAGUGAUUUUGGGAAUCAAGUUUUUAUUUGGGGAAUUACCGCAAGCUAAUGUAAGGAAGUGUUUAGCUAAUGGACAUUUAAUUAUCUGGGCUUCACAGGGAAUAGCAGAUAUUGUUAGUUUUUCACUGACAGAGGAUAAAUUCGGCAUUGUACAGAAGGACCUUCCAGUUAUUAUAUCCAGUCUUGUUAAUCUGAAACAAAGUCUUGAAAAACUGAACAAAGUUCCAGCAUUGACUCGAAAGAUGGUGGGCUAUGAUGAUUUUAAUUAUCAAAUGAAAGGGGCUGUAACUGCAGCUGUAAAGAGAAGCCUUUUUAACAUAUGUAGAACUUUUGGGGGAUAUUUACAUGACAUUCCUCUCAAUAAAGAGGUACUCCAAUAUCUGCGAACACACAUAAUUUGUAAAAGUUAAAUGAUUUUGUACUCUUUUAUUUAUAUGUGGACUGUUAUUAGAUUUCUAUUUUGUCAGUAAAAAUUAAAAUAUGUUAUUUUUUCUAAUUGA